CACCCCCUCUUCGCCUUCGGCAAAAGGGCUUUGUCUGCUUCGGCCAUGGGCGACUCUUCUUCACCAGCCUCCUACAUCCGCAUGGUGCAGCUCCUGAUCGAGAAGUGCCUUAUCUUCCACAUGAACAAGGACGAGUGCGUGGAAGCUCUCUCCAAGCACGCCGCCAUCGAUCCUGUCAUCACUUCCACCGUGUGGACCGAGCUGGAAAAGGAGAACAAAGAGUUCUUCGAGGCGUACUCGAAGAACCGAGAGGGGAGUGUAAUGGAGAUGAUGCGGGAGAUGGUCACGGAAAUGGCUUCCCGAGACCCAGAGGAUGACGAGGGCUAAGAUGGCAUCCAUCAAUCCAAAUUAUAUAUACUGUAAUUAAGGAAGACGGGUGGGGGAGGCAAAGAUGAGAAGGUAGAGCAAAUAAGCUCCCGGAGAAGAAGAACCUACGGCUACUGUGGGUUUGUGCAGGACUCAGGAUCUGCCGAUGGGGACAUGAUGCUACGCUUAAUUGGCAGCUUAUGCGUAUCAUUGCCAAUGUGUAUAUUGAUUGAUGUGUCCAAAUUGCAAUGGAAUGGACGUGUAGGCUUUGGCUUGGCUUGUUUGAA